GAGACUUUGGAUUGUGAAGCGUCUUUCUUUCGUUGCAUUGCCAGUAACGUUAGUGGUCUGCAGGUGAAGCAGCCGCAAUGUGUUCGCAAGGCUGUGGUUCAGCCUUGUAUCAAUUAUCCCCCACCAAAGCCAUGGCUUAGGAUUUUAUUUGUAAUUUUUGUCACUUCAUGAUGCAUGUUGUGAUGAUUCGUCGUCCAGUGGCCUCGACGUCUUUGCUAUGUCACAGGAAAGGCCUGCGCGAAGGGCGAGGCCGAAGAAACCAGCGAACCCGCUAGUCAAGGGAAUUGCAGCAUAUUGUGGACAGGCGGGAGUCACUAUCGUUGAGGAACGCGACUCAAUAUCCCAGAAUGAUACAGGGCACAACCAUCCUCACAUAACGCUUUCUUUGGCAGACUUGCCCAAGCGAUACACAAUAUAUGCACCACUUCUCCUUCUGCCAUUCAAUUUCCCAACCCAUACUUCACGUUGGACUGCGGUGUACUCUGCGUUAACAAACGUCGAGAAGAACGAGCUGUUCCAAUGCAUCGCCGAGGACGGGUUUGCAGGCACGGUCAGCAGAAUCGCUAUCAAUGCGCCCAUUGCUGCUGAAGAGGGUGCGGAUUAUGCCGACGCCGGUGGAAUGGGAGAAGUCGAGAAUCGCUCGGGUUUACGCAAAGAAAAUGUGCUACGCAGUCCGUCUGGGCUUGUCCCAGUAUACGGAGACUGGGGACUUCAACCUGGACGGAAGCUUGGCAGACCGACGGCGGAAGAUUUCGAACAGGCGUUUUGGACGUCGACAUCUCAGCAUAAGGGCAUCACGCAGUGCUGGGCGCCACUGUAUACCAUGUUCAGUCGGGGCAAUAUCUCGGAAAAGGCUCGGAUAUUAGGAAGCCUUCUGGAGGCUGGAAAAGCGAACAAUGUUGCUAUACCUCAAUUUGCGGGAUUGACCGAUCACGAGCUAGGGGAGUCUCUUGGGUCGAUAGAUGUGGUGGAUUUCUACGUCGGAAUCGGCUAUUUCGCCUCUUGCUACCUGGCGCGUGGGAUCCGCCGAGUUUGGGGCUGGGAUAUCAACCCUUGGAGCAUCGAAGGACUUCGGAGAGGAUGUGAGCAGAAUGGCUGGGGCUGUUUGGUGGUCGAAGUGGACGAUCAGGGAAACGUUGUGGGCAUGAAGACGGAAGAAUUGGUCGAGAGGAUCCUGAAGGGAGAUCGGAAAGGCGAUGAACAUACGGUCAGGUGUGUUGCAUUCUUGGGAAAUAACAUGUGGGUAUACAAGGUCAUGGGUGAUAUCCACCGCGUGGGAGUAAGACUCAAUGCCAGACAUGCCAACCUGGGCCUGCUUCCGACUUCCGAGGGGAGCUGGGAGGGUGCCGUCAAGGUCAUUUUGAGGCUCAACGGCGCUGGGAGAGGUGGUUGGCUGCAUGUUCACGAAAACGUCGAUGUCCGGCACAUCGAGACGAUGGAGGGCAGCAUCAUACAGGACAUUGGGAGAAUGCUGCAAGGUCAGUCCCUUGAGAAAGAGGUGCCGUGGACAGUGUCGUGUGACCACGUUGCAAAGGUCAAGACAUAUGCACCUGGUGUUAUGCAUUGCGUCUUUGAUAUCCAGAUCAAACCCAAUGGAUGAUAUUUUUACCAUUCUCUCCUAGUCGUACAUUUAGUAUCGCAUCGUCUAUUAUUGCUGCUUCCUAAACUUCAUCGGGAUAUUCUUUUCGACAAUGUUCUGUUGCUGCUCCUUGAGUACUCGCUCCGCCUCGUCCUCCAUCAUGUCAUGUUUCCGGAAAUGUGCGAUAUCUUCUGGAUGUAUCAGAUCCUCCUCUUUCGUGUUCUCAUCAUGAUAUUUCUCGAAAUGAUGGAUUUCAUAUUCAUAUUCAUCGUCGCCAUGGU